AUGAGCGUGGAUGCCAACGGCAAUGCCAUUCCUCCAGAGUACGUUCCCAAGGCCAUCGGUGAAACUCUCGACGUUGAAAACCUGGCGAAUAAUCCGGCAAAAGGAAAGAAAGACCCUGGGCUUCGGCCUCAAGAAGCAACCAAAUCGUUAUCAAGCAUGGGCCCCGGUCAGACUCCGCAGCCGAUUUCGACAAGCAAACAGCCACGCAGCAAGUCGGCCGCCCCAAAGGCGCCAUCAUCCACGACCAACGGUGGAGGCUCCAUCAGCAGCUCCAAGCGGCCAGGGUUGACGGCGCGUGGCAAAUCACAUAUUUCCAUGCAUGAUAUUGUGCGCAAAGUGCGAAAUCACCUCUCAAGCAACUCGCGACGUCAGACGGGAUCAUCCGAAGCCUCCCCGCAACCUGCACCUACUGCACAAAAGACACCUGCCGACGACAUCGAAACAGCUUCUGUAUGCCACCGUGGCUCCUGUCAGUACGUCUUGAACGACGGUGAAGUCCAAGACGUGGUCGAAAUCGUUGUCCACGAGAUGUGCAAGCACGGUGUUGGUCCCGUCGACAAAGAUCAGGGUGUUGUUCUGCAGCCAGGCGACGAAGUUCCUAGACAGGUUGUCCGAAAGCCCAGCUGCCUCAUGAAUGCCUUUGGACCACAAGUCUCCGACCUGGUGGAACCGGCGACCACCAUCAGCUUGCCCGAAACCGCCUUCUUCGCCCGCAGUCAAUCUGACGGUCAAAUACGCGCCAGGGUUAGGUCAUCUAAAGUAUCCAUGACCACCAUCCUAUCCAAAGACAAUGUCACCGAUAUCCGAUGGGCAGCCGAUGAUACAAAGCCCGAGAACGAGCCUCAAGGAGACGCCAAAGAUGGACCAACAGGAAAGCCAGACGGCGAAUCGUCCGCCGAGGCCGGCAGUGCAGCAAAGGCCAAAGCCCAAGGUGAUCAAGAACAGCCGAACGAUAACAAAGCGGCAGCUCAGAAAAUGGAGAACACCAAGAAUGAUGCGGCUGGAGAUGUCCCAGGUACCGCCGAGACUCCCGCAGCUGGACCGCGACUUCACGAGAUUUCUGACUGCGACAUGGAUGACUUGAGUGAUUACGCCAUCGACAAUCAGCCAACAACCAAUCCUCCUCUUGCAGAAAAUUCGACCACAAAGGAUGUCGACACCAAGGGCUCAUACGCCAUCAAUCAGGAGCUCGACAACGGCGGUACCGAGGCCAAAACGCCAGACGCGGUGGAAUCCAAGCUGGACUCCAAAGAAGCAUUGCCUGGAGCAGACCAAGCUGACGAGUUCCCCAUGAAGCAAAGCGGUCUUGACGAUGCUGAACGUGGAGAUCUAAAGCAGGCGUCCAACCCCGAUGAUUCUAUUACCAAGGAGGUUGAUGCAAGCCCACACGAAGUUGAUUCCUCUUCUGCCGGUCCUGAUCUUAACAAACUCGACGCCAAAGAGGACGGCACGAAGGUUCCUGAUGCCGAUCAAGAGGACCCACAGCAGGUGGAAGUUUUGACUUCAGAUGAUAAGCCGGCAGAAUCCAAGACUUUGAAAUCGAGGUUUUUAGAGACGUUCCUGAAGCCAUCAAAUGACACUGCCGCCGAUGGCGCCUCGGGACAUUCGGAGAUCCCUAGGGAGGCAAGCCUGCAGAAGGAGAAUAGCAAAUCAUCCAUUGAUCAUGGCCUCGAUGAUCAGCAGGAUGUUACUUCAUUUCAUCCAUUGAGUAAACGCCAUGGCACACAUGAAUGGCACAGCCCUCCAUCCGACAACGAGGUACAAUUUUGGUCUCGCUCUGCUCAUUUUGCCGAUGUCUCCAAUUCGGAUCCUGGAUUUCUACAGAAGCUAACUCCAAAGGCCGAGGCGCAGCGUCGUAGUAUCUGCUCAGAGGACAAUGCGCCCCAGCGAAUCGAUGCUGUCACCAGUCUGAAGGGUUUGAUCGGACCGGGCGGAAGAUGA